AAUUACGCUGAAUAUGGAUAAGUAUGAUAUAGAAAAACCAAUGCAACGUCGAAUCGAACCAAAUUUUCAUUUAAAUGUAAGCGUAUCUAUUAUUUAUUAUAUGGGAACUUGGCCACCAGAAGGAAAAUAUCGUUCGUUGUAUAUCUUUUGUACGAUAUGCAGUUUCACAUUUAUGUUAGGAAUUUUUUUGUUAACCGAAAUAGCAAAUCUUAUAUUAAGUUUGAACGAUUUAGGAAAAUUAAUUGCUGGAGCAACGCUUCUUAUGACUAAUUGUACCCAUGCAUACAAGAUAGUAAUAAUUCUUUAUCGGCAAAAACGUAUACAAAAUCUUUUAGAUAUAACGAGAAAUGAAAUAUUUGCUCGACAUAAUAUUAAAUACAAAUGUACAGUGACUCAAUAUACUUGGCAAGGAAUUUUUCAUCAUAUAGCUUAUCAAAGUUUUGGUACAGUGGCAGUACUUUGUUGGGGUUUUACACCCAUUGCUGAUCUUAUUGCUGGAAGAUCAAGAAGAUUACCAAUGGAAGGUUGGUAUCCUUACAAUGUGACUGUUACUCCAGCUUUUGAAAUUACUUCCUUGCAUCAGACUGUGGCUAUCUUCGUUGCUUGUUUUCAUAAUGUAGCUAUGGAUACUUUAGUCACUGGUCUUAUCACUGUUGCAUGUUGUCAGCUUUCAAUAUUGAGUCAGAUUGUAGCUUCGAUAAAGAAUUAUAAGCAAGUAGAAAAAAUUGAUAUUAUAAAAAAUAUAAACGAUUGUUCUCAAGAAGAAAAAAAUUAUUAUGAUGUUCCAUAUGAAACUCUAAAAAGAUGUGUUAUACAUAAUAAUGUUAUAUUCAGUUUCAUCAACGAAAUACAAAAUAUUUUUGGUACAAUGAUUCUCUUACAAUUUUUUGUCAAUUGUAUCAUCAUUUGUUUAAUCGCUUUUAACAUUUCACAGGUAAAUAUUUCACUUUAUCUAAAUAAUCAUCAAUAUUAUAUCUCACGAUUUAAAUUAAUUUAUCGAUUACAGAUGAAAAUCUAUAUUCCAGAAAUUUUGUUUGGUAUGCUCAUGUAUAUGUGUUGUAUGACUUAUCAAAUCUUUAUAUAUUGUUGGCAUGGUAAUGAAUUACAAUUACAUAAUACGUAUGUUAGUACAGCAGCUUAUUCCAAUGAUUGGUGGAAUGCUGGGAAUCAUUUUAAACGUGCGUUACAAAUAAUAAUAAUAAGAGCCCAUCGACCUCUUAUUUUAAGCGCUGGAAAGGUCUUCACAUUAUCAUUAAAUACUUUUGUCAACGUAAGUAUAUCGAUGGAUUAG